AUGUUCAUAAUGGGUGUAGGAGUAUUCCAAGUCCAGGGGCCUCAUGAACCCUUGGUGGCCAUGCUGAGUGGUGAAGCUGAGCUGCCCUGCUCUUUCUUACCUCCUCAAAAUGUUGAAAAUAUGGAAAUAAGAAGGACCAGAUCCCUGCCCUCCCAAGUGGUGCACCUGUAUGAGGAUGGGAGGGACAAGCCUGAGGAAGCCAUGGAGAAGUAUUUAGGGAGGGCAGAGCUUGUGAAAAAUGCCAUGCAUAAGGGGAUAGUGGUUCUGAGGAUCCUCAAUGUCCAACCCUCUGACAAUGGGCAGUAUUGCUGUGCAUUCAAAAAUGGUUCCUUCUACAGUGAUGCAGUGAUUGAGCUGAAAGUGGCAGCUCUCGGCUCACAUCCUCAGUUCCAUGUGGAACUCACUGAGUCCAGACAAAUGCAAGUAGUGUGCAAGUCAGAGGGCUGGUUCCCUCAGCCAAAGGUCCAGUGGAUGGAUUCUGAGGGAAGAGAAAUUCCAGCUGAGUCUGAGACUCACACACAGGACAAAAGUGGCUUGUUCCAUGUAACAACAUCACUGCUCCUCAGUGAAGCUUCUCAGAAGAAUCUGAUAUGUUCUGUCUGGAACCCUGUUCUGAAUCAGAAAAAGGAAGAACAAUUGUCCAUAGCAAUUGCUGAGCCCAUCAGAACAACAAUCACUAGAAGAGUGGGUAUAGUUUUGACAGCAUUUCUGAUACUCCUGACUUCCAUCGGACUUUAUUUGAAAAUCCCGCUCAAAAUCAGAUAUCUGUCCUUCCCUUUCUGCUUAGGAACAAUAUCAAAAUCAGCAAAGUUCUACUCAGAGGAAGUCACAACAAUGAGACUCUGA